AUGCUGUUUAGCACCAGGAGGGUAAGCAGCUCGUGCACUGGAGCCCUGACAUCGGACAUGGCAUUGGCUGUCAUUGAGAAGACAGUCAAUGAGUCGGACCACGUUCCACGCAGUGUGAAUUUCAAUAUUGCCUAUGUCCACGGUCUGCGGCUUGAAAUGAUCAUGUGGCUUUUUUGCUUGCACUACAACAUCUACGUCCUGGUAUGCGGAGUUGAAGAUCAAGGACAUGAUGGAGCUACCCGGGAUCGACUUUGGAUCAUCCUAGCCCACAAGGACCGUACGAGGAUGCUGUAUGACCCCAUUGAACUCUACAAAACUGUUUGCCAGAACAUCCGGACCUAUAUUUCUACACGACCAUCAGACUAUUGCAUUGCCCCACAACUUGAGAUCCGCAAUGAAGCACUGCAUUUGGCUACGAUCAGGGAGAAACUUCUGACAGAAGACUACAGAGACCUCCUGACAGACCGUGAGCUCACAUGCUUGCAACAGGCAAGGGAUGAAUAUCUUCGUAUCUAUGAGCAAGAGCCUGAAGAAGAUCCAGAUUUGCUGAUAUACCUGGGUGACAACUUUUCCAACAGGAAAACUUGGAGCGGGACGUCCAGGUGGAUGAGCCACAGGGAGCGCUUGAGCAGCUUGGCCUUCCCAGUAACGGAGGAGAUGGCCAAUGCCAUGGGGGUACCGCCAGUUCCAAUACGGGACCGAUCUCGUGCUGCAGCCAUUAGUGGGAAUAGCAUGAACUUUGCUACUGCUUGGUGGAACAUCAAGCAGGUUGCAGCCCUCAUGGCAGUGCACAUGGAGGGAAAGGCUCAAGGGGAUGAUCUUGGUGCCUAUGGUUCCUGGUUUGAUCGUGGAUAUGAAGGUUCACCAGCAUGUAUGCCUAACUUCAUCAGGCAGAAAGAGAACACGAUCAACAAGGACAAGGACACCAAUGCGUUGCCUGUGAUGCACUUCAUUGUGGAUUGCAUUGAUGAUAUCACUGCUGCGGACUUUCCACGGAGUGGAUAUGAACUAUCAGAAGAUUACAGCGAUGGUGAAAUCCACAUUUGCCACCCCGAACUGCCUGAAGAGAUGACAGUCGUGUUUGUUCAAGAAGAUGAUGCAGAUGACUGGCAAAUAUAUCCAACUCGGGAUGGUGACGUUUUGUGGAAUAGCAAGGGCAUGGCAAAUGAGGAGAACGCUCCGCACUAUGUACAAGAGGUUUUUCUGAAUCUUCAGCGAUUGAUGCUCGCGAAAGAUGAAGAAUCAGCUCGCAACGUGAAGUCCAGCAUGAAGAGAAAAUCUGAUACCCAGGUCACAAUGCUGGAUGGGGACCAGAGUGAUGUUGACGUCAAGGACAGGGUCUUCCUUCACAGAGAUUACUCUGAUAAGUUCUAUGUGGUCCGCCCAUUCGAUCUACAUAUGGCAGAACUCACCUAUCGUGACCCUAUUCUGAGUGUUGUGCACCAUGUGGGAAAGAAUGGCGAUGGCAAAAACGUUGUUGUUACGGUCAAGAUGGAGUACCUGAGACGCGGCCGACCAUUGAGAAAGACCGGCUGGAGCAUCAAGGAGGUGUCGAGGUUGCAUUCCUCUCAAACUGACGAGUUUGAGGUGUUUGUCACACCUGAUGGUGAUACUGUGUGGAAUGGUAAUGAUGAUUCAACACCUGAAUACAUCAUGGAGAUCCUGAAGAAGAUGCACAACGAGGCCAAAGAGAAUGAUGAUUCAGAGGAUGAUGAUGACAGGGAGAAGGAGGAAGAAGAAGAAGUGCCGCCUAUCCAGGACGGAAGCCUGUUUGUGGCACCAUCCAGUGUGCGCAUGCCUGAGGACGACAGUUCUGAAGAAUCAGAACAAGAAGGUGGAGACGAGCCUAAGUGUGCAGUUGACCUGAGCAAGAUCCUGCCGGAGGAGAAAGACUUUCUCUAUCAUGACCAGGAGAAGGGGACAUGGUAUGUUGUGCGGCCAUCUGACAACCAGCAUGUGGAGGUGACAUGCAGCGAUCCAGCUCUGGUGCCUGUGCAAGUGGGGGACAAGUGGGUUUUGAUCGUUGACAGCAUCUCAAAGGAGGCCGGAAGCAAGCCCAAGUAUACCCAGAACUUGCUUGGGGGUCGCAAAGCAAAGGCAGUGUCAGAUUCAGAGCUUUUGCAGGAGUGCUCAAAGUCUGGCGCUUAUUUUUUUCCAUGA